AUGAGUGAUAAAGAAGAGAUAAAGACGACUGAUAACAAACCGAUAGCAGCAAAAAGCGACGAAAAAGAUGCAACCAAGGAAAAUGCCCGUGAGAUUACCACCAAGGAGGCGUAUUUUGCCAGCCUGAACGAGUGGGUUAAACGGGCCAACAUCUCACAAAAUGCCAUGGCCAUGUUUCCCAUGUAUUUGAUGUCCUGCUAUCCCCAGCUGUUUUCCCCACAACCUGCUACUGUUCAGCAACAGGGUAGUAGCUUCAUACCCGGUCUACAAGUGCCAACAAAUAGCCAAACGGGUAGUGGCGCAGCAGCCCAACCCCUGUUGGUCAAUCCAAAUGUAAAUGCUGCCGCAGCCAUGGCUGGUUUCAAUGGAUUCCGCAUCAUGAACGAACAAAGUCAGGCGGAUUUAAUUAAUCAAACUGGUGGAUAUGAAUAUGUGGUUGCUAGUCUCUGGAAACGGGCCAUAGCUGAGCUCAUUGAUAUGGUUAUUAUGCUAUUUUUGAAAAUCGUCACCAUUUUCGUGGUGACCAAUGUCUUUGGCUACAACAUUAUGCUGGACAUGGAUAAGGAGGUACUUAACAAGGCAAUGGAAAAUGAAGAUUUUGGCACCGCUCUCAUAUAUUCCCUAGAUUUCUUGGCCUUCUCUUCCGACCUAUUGGCUUUCGAGAUUGCCACCAAACUGUUUGUGUGUCUUUACGAAGCCGUCCUGACCACAUAUUUCGACGGUGCCUCUUUGGGCAAACAUGUCAUGGGCUUGAGUGUGAAAUAUUGCGAAGCAAUGGUCCUAUUGCCACCCAAUGUACCACCAGCACCUUUGGGGCCUCAAAUGCAAUUAGUCUUCCAAACUCCUCGGGUACAAAUUCGUGCAUUGUUGUAUCCAGCCGAAACGCCUAAAUUCAAGCGUGCAUUUAUGCGGGCCGUAGCCAAAAACUUAAUUCUAAGCCUGCUAUUCCCCAUGUUUUUCCUAAUGGCUUUCUUUAAGAAUAAUCGCACAGCCUACGAUGUAAUGACCAAGACCAUUGUGGUGGAAUCGAGCAGACAAACCCCUGUACUAAGGAGACCUCAGCAACAACAACAGCAGUAG